GUUCACCGCGGCGUCUGGGGAUUUGUGCUGGAUGCUAUGGAUGGAAGGGGCAUUCUUAAUGCCACCAUCAGCGUUGCCGACAUCAACCACCCGGUGACUACCUACAAGGAUGGAGACUACUGGCGCCUCUUGGUCCAGGGGACGUACAAAAUCACAGCAUCUGCCCGAGGAUAUGAUCCAGUCACUAAGAUGGUGGAAGUUGGCAGCAAAGGUGCGGUGCAGGUCAACUUCACUCUUUCACGGACAGACAUCAAAAUGGAGGAGGGGAAGAUGCCAGUCUUGAACACCCCAGAUACCAGCGACCCCAGUGAGAAGGAGUUUGAGAUCCUGAUCAAAGAUCUCUCUGCUGAGAAUGGUGUGGAACACCUCCUGCUUACCUCCUCGGGGGAUGUUUCUCCGUACCGAUACCGCCCUUACAAGGACCUCUCUGAGUUCCUCCGAGGCCUCUAUCUGAACUACCCGCACAUUACAAAUCUCACCAG